GCACGAGCUAUGUAUCGCGUGAUCUAUAGAUUCAAGAUUCAAGAUACUGUUUAUUGCGUGUGCGCAGAAAAUGUCCGCAUGAACAUUAGUAGGCACCGUCCCUAAAAUCAUGUUCAAUUUUCGUGCAAUAGAACCUCGGAAUACAAUGAGUACCCGACAACGAAAAGCAAUGGUCAGAUGCAAACAAAUCCUUGAAUCACAAGUUAGAGAGUGGCCACCGUUAAAUGAUGGAGGCACAGAAUCGUCUGCUGUUUUUCAGCGUCAAGAUAACCUUGAUCAGCCUGGCGUUCGCGCUAUCCUUCAGUAACUUCGUUUCGUCUCAGCAAUAUCAUGUGGGUUCUCUGGAUGAUACAAGAACUGCCUUGUUGACUUACUCGUCUACUUCUGGAGGGGCCUCUAGUACGAAACCAAGUACACCAUCGAAUAACUUCUUGCGAACAGUGGACGAAAUUGAAAAAUCCGUUUACGACGCACAGGCCAUGAAGCGGUAUUAUAGUCAAUCAUCACUUCGACUUACAAAGAUCAAAGACAUCAUCAAAUUGGCCGCUAAAAAUAAGAACAACGAAUUCAUCCAGCAGACCCUUGGUCAUGGUUUGUAUACAACAAUUGAGAUUGAGAAGCGGAAGGCUGGUAGAAAGAAGCGUUGUAUCCCGUGCGCAAGUGCAGUGAAGACGUACAUGGACACAAUCAAGAAAGAAGUAGGUCCUGCUGUCUUUGAAGAGAUGAUUGGAGUUAAUGAAAAAGUGACCUUGAUGUUUGCUAUUGAUACUACUGGCAGUAUGUGGAGUGAAAUUGUAUCGGCCAAAGCCAUCGCUAAAAGUAUCGUCGAUCAUCCAAGACAACACGUGGACGUGGACUACAUUCUUUCGCCUUUUAAUGACCCGAAAACUGGGCCAGUUAAGCAUGAGAAGGCAGGGGAAGGGAAGAAGUUUGUAAAGGCAAUCGAAGCCCUCCGGCCGAGUGGAGGAGGAGACUGCCCCGAACUAGCCUUCAGUGGAAUCAUAGAUGCUCUGAAUGGAGGGGCUCAAGAUAAUUCACCGCUUUAUGUUUUCACUGACGCUACAGCAAAAGAUGAAGUCCAGCUCGACAUCGCGAAGGCUACGGCUUUGGCAAAAGGAGCAAGUGUAUACUUUUUUACUACAGGACUGUGUGGCCGGACUUCAUACAAACCAUUUGAGGACCUUGCUUCGGAGUCCUGCGGUCAGAUGUUUGAAAUUCCCAAGCAUAGCACUGACCUCGCCAAGAUGUCAAAAAUUACAAAAGGUUUACUCCAUGCCACGAGCUGUAGCACUGGAACAGGGACUGGCGCAACUGGAACAGGUCUACCUGGAAGGAAGAGAAGAAGCGCCAGCUCCGUGUACCAACUUCCCUUUGAUGACGCAAUAGAGAAGGUCAUUGUCUCGGUCACAACCCAAAACACUGGAGCUAGGAUUGACUUGAAAGAUCCACGAGGAGUUCCCGUCAGUUCGGGAAAGACCACUUUAGCCAAAGGCGCGAUAUUCGAGAUAGAUCACCCCAGACCAGGAAGGUGGAGGUUGUCUGUGUCAUCAGGAGCUGGUAAACACUCUUACGUGAUCAAGGCAUCCAGCAAGACAAAUGUGGACUUCGAUUUCGUUUUUGUCAUUCCUCGCAGGAGGAUGAGUCCUUUGCCAAUAUCCCAUCCUCUUAUUGGAAAUUCCGCUCAUGCCAUCUUGAUAGUGAGGGCAAGCGACAAGAUCCGUAGUACGUCCCUAAACCUUGACAUUCUGAGCAAAGAUGGCAAAGUUCUGAACACAACUUCUGUCAGUCCAGCUGGUACAAGUGGCGCUCAUUUCUCGGCUUCAUUCUUCACUCCUAUGGUUCCCUUCAGGCUGAAACUCAGAGGAAAGACCAAGAAGAAUUUCGACUUUGAACGUAGCUCCCACAACAUUGUCCACCCGAGUCACGCCCUGGUUCGGGUUCUAUACGCCAGACAUGAAUUUACUGUGCCGAUUCGUGGAAGAGCACUGGUGAUAUUUUUUGUUUACAACACUGGCUCGACUGAGAUGUUCGACUUCAAAGUCAAAGCGUCGUCGAUAUUCACCUCUUCCGUGUUGAGUUCCCCAGUCCGUGUUUACAAGAACCGUUCCGGUUUUUUCUUCGUCUACUUUUCUGCAAAUUCCGCCGCCACUUCCGGAGCUGCUGACAAUGUGAUGGUGACCGCCACUGGGCAAACUUCCAGAGUCAGUGUCAAUCACGUAUUUAGCCUGAUGGUGGUCUAAAACACGCAAGCCUUGGAUUCCUUGGACUGAAUCACGACUGAUACGGAAAUGAUGGAUAAUGAACUGGAUCUGAAAAUUUAUGAUUUAUUUGCUGUGCUGAUUAAGAGGUAAAAGAGUGGAUUAUUACUAAUAUUCGCUUCUCCUGUAGAAGUUUAUCAAAUCUUAAAUCGGUCUUAAAGGUCUGGUACUUUAGACUUUGUGAUCGCCGCGUUGAUUUGCUUAAGUGACCAGAAAAAUUUCAAGAGGUCAUGAUUAUUUCAUACUGUUGAUCUGAGUUCGUCUUUAAGUGAACAAAUCACGCGUGGACUGGUGUUUGUUUAAAACGAGGGCUACUAUCGGUAUCUUAGUUAGCUUUUAAGAAGUAGUUUUGAUUUUGUUUGGUGUUCGGGAAAUGUUGUGAUUCUACUGCUUUGCUUUAUUCAUGGCUAAAGUUGGUGAAAUUGCAACGAUUGUGGUUUUGGUACUUUCAUUUUUUUUUUUUUUUUGAUAAUUCAGUUGAAGUUAUAGACGAACAGGAGAAGCUGUAGACUUUUUGUAUUAACAAGUUAGAAUGCUUUUGGCUUCAUAAUAAAAGAAAAUGAAAAAAAAAAA